CGGAGGGCCAAGCCGGGGAGGAAGAGGACCGGCAGCGGCAGCGGCAGCGGCGACGGAGGCAGCUGGAGCGGGGCUGCUUCGCGCGGGAAGCCUGAGCCGAGCGGCUGGCGCUCGGGGAGAUGGAAGCGCUGCGCGGAGAGCCCGGGGCGGGCGGCGGGGGCUGCUCGCAGAGCCGAAGCUUUCUCUCCCCUCCCGUCUUCGGGUCGUCGCCGCCGCCGGCUUCGACGCGGCCGGGUUUCCUCUACGAGCGCUCCGGCCCGGGGACCGCGGCGCGCUCCGCAUCUUCCUCCUCCGAGGCGGCGUCCUCGUCGAAGGACUGCGCCGCCGGACCUCCGAUUGCGGCACCGUCCUCGGCCACGACGGCCGCUGCCGCCGCCGCCGCCCUGGGCUACCCUCCGGGCUACCCGCCCUUCGGCCACGGCUACUACAGCUGCCGCAUGGCGCACGGCGUGGGGCUCCAGCAGAACGCGGCCCUGAAGGCGGCCCCGCACGGCGCCUUCCCGGCGGAGAAGUACAUGGACGUGGCCGGCUUGGGGGGCGGCCCCGCGACCUCGGGCGGCGGCGACGCUUCCUCGCGGGCCAAGGAGGUCUCCUUCUACCAGAGCUACGCGGCCGCCGCCGGCCCUUACCAGCACGUGCCCCCCGGCUACCUGGACGUGGUCUCUAGUUUCGGACCGGCGGCACCUCCGGGGGAACCCAGGCACGAGACCUACAUCUCCAUGGAGGGCUACCAGUCUUGGACUUUGGCCAACGGCUGGAACGGACAGGUGUACUGCCCCAAGGACCAGGCCCCGAGCUCCCACUUCUGGAAGUCUUCCUUCCCAGGGGAAGUUGCACUAAACCAGCCAGACCUGUGCGUGUACCGGCGUGGGCGGAAGAAGCGGGUGCCUUACACGAAGCUGCAGCUGAAGGAGCUGGAGAGCGAAUACGCCCUGAAUAAAUUCAUUAACAAGGACAAGCGGAGGCGGAUUUCAGCAGCCACCAACCUCUCUGAAAGGCAGGUCACCAUCUGGUUCCAGAACCGCCGAGUCAAAGACAAGAAAAUCGUCUCCAAACUGAAGGACACCGUUACUUGAUCUGAGGCUACAGGGAAGUUUGGGAGCGAGCGUAAACGACUCUUGGAAAGACUUGAAAUAUAUUUAAUAUCUCCUUGUGCUAAGGGGCAGAUUUUGGGGAAGCGCUUUUGAUAACCUCUUUGCAAUUUCUGGAUUUAAUGGAACGCUGCAAGUUUUUAAUGCUCUGGUUUAAUUCCUUAGUUUUUCUCCAUCGCUAUACUUUUUUUAGGCUUUUUUUUUCUUUUGUUUUUCUUGUCUCCCUCAAAAACACACACACACACACACACACACACACACACACACCUCAUCCCAAAGGGCAGUGUAGGUAGAGAGUCUUAAGUCGCACGCUUUUCAGUGGCUAUCAGGCUAAGAACAUUCAGGUGAUAAAGUGUGUUUGUAGGAUUGUGUGAGAGAGGUGUGUGAGCACACAAACAUAUGUACUUAGAUGGCUGUGCCUGUAUUCUUUCCUCUGGUCCACCCUCCCAAUUUAAUAAUGAUCAGGAUAGAACAACUGUGGUCCUGUUUCUCUGACUGAGAUGCCAUGGCUUAAAUCAGUGGAGCCCCUUACCCCCAUUUGCGACCAAUCUCAUGUCUGUAAUGGAGCCUACGUCAAUGGGAUCUUGGCCCUGACAACAACCUUCUCCAGCCCUGGUCCCACUGAGAUUCAUUCUAAACCAGUGGCAUGGAAUAUCAAAGGUUUAAAGCCAAUUGUGCCUAUAUGUUUAGCUAUAUAAAGAUGUGUAUAAAUCAAUGUGUAUUUUAAUAUAAAUAUUGUAUGCCCUGUUAUCUUCAUCACAAUCACAGUUGCCUUCAUUCACCCUUCUGGGCACUGGAAAAAAAAUUGUCCAAAAGGUUGAACGCCACUGAUAGCUUUUGUUACUAAGUGAAACGGGUGUUAGCGAAAGAAGCAAUAAAUGCUA